AACACUUCGGUGACGGCGUACCUACUAAAGUGACGGGCUUUGACGCAACCUCAGCCUCAGCGACGAUGAUCGGCGAUAACGCCUUUUCUCAGGCCGACCAGUCCCCGUCUACGAACCCUAAUCUCGGAAUUCCGAUCGAAGAGGGGUCUCACAGCAGCGAGCAGAUACUUGAAGACAGUGGGGAUGACCUUGGAAUUGAGAGCAAUGAUCUCGAGGUUGAAGAAAACGAGCUCCAGAUCGAAGCGAACGACCUUGGUCUAGAAGAAGAUGAAAUCGGUAUCCGAAGCAACGAACUUGAUGAGAAUGAAUGCGAUGGAUUGCUUGAACUUGACAGUAACAGUGACAAUCGUGAUGACGAUGAGAGUCGUGGCGGUGGUGAUACUUAUACAGCUGAAUGCGAAAGCGUUGAACCCCAAUGGAAGAGCUAUCCACCUCCUGUUGCAGGAAUGGAGUUCGAUUCGUACGAUGAUGCGUACAAUUACUACAAUUCCUACGCGAGGGAGCUAGGGUUUGCCAUCAGGGUGAAAUCUUCAUGGACGAAGCGUAACAGCAAGGAGAAGCGUGGGGCUGUGCUGUGCUGCAACUGUGAGGGUUUCAAGAUGGUUAAAGAAGCGAACAGUAGGAGGAAGGAGACGAGAACGGGUUGUUUGGCAAUGAUAAGGCUGAGAUUGGUGGAAUGUAAUCGUUGGAAGUUGGAUGAAGCCAAGCUUGAACACAAUCACCCGUUUGAUCCGGAAAGAGCCCAGAACUCGAAAUCUCACAAGAAAACGUGUUGUGCGGCCAAAAGAAAGAUUGAACCGUCUGUCGAUGUUGAGGUCAGGACAAUCAAGUUGUACAGAACACAUGCUGGUGAUGCAUCAGGCCAUGGAACUUCAAACUCCAGUGGUGAUGCGGGCGAUCGAAAUCAUGAACUUGCUGAUUGUUCGAGGCGUUUGGAGCUGAGAGACGGAGAUUUUAGAGUUAUACAAGAUUUCUUUUGCCAGGUUCAGCUUACGAGACCCAAUUUCCUUUACUUGAUGGAUCUGAGUGAUGACGGGUUUUUGCGGAAUGUGUUUUGGAUUGAGCCCCGGGCUAGGGCAUCGUACUCACACUUUGGAGAUGUGGUUGCAUUUGACACGACAUGUUUGUCUAACAAACAUGAUAUUCCCCUUGUUGCAUUUGUCGGAAUAAACCAUCACGGGGAUUCAAUCUUGCUCGGCUGUGGUUUGCUAUCGGAUCAGAGCUUCGAGACCUACGUCUGGGUGUUUAGAGCUUGGCUUACAUGCAUAUCGGGCCGCCCACCUCAGACCAUAAUUACAGACCAAAGCAGGACGGUUCAGAGUGCGGUCUCAGAAGUGUUUCCACGGGCUCAUCACCGUCUGAACUUGACCCAUGUCUUGCAAAGCAUUUCCCGGUGUGUUGUUGGGUUACGAGAUCUAGAAUCAUUCCAUACCGUAUUGAACAGAGUGGUCUAUGGUUCUCUCAAGGUCGAAGAAUUUGAAAUGGCUUGGGAAGAUAUGAUCUUGCAGUUUGGGCUAACGAAUCAUGAGAUCAUCGGCUGCUUGUUUCAAGAUCGGGAACAGUGGGCUCCGGUGUACCUGAAAGACACAUUUUUCGCCGGUAUGCUGACAUUUCAGCUUGGGAACGCCACAUUACCGUUCUUCUUCAACGACUAUGUCCACCAACACAUGUCCCUGAGAGGAUUCUUCGACGGGUACGAGUCUUUUCUCGCCAAAAAGUACAAAACAGAAGCUAUCCUCGAUUCCGAGUCAUCAAACUCAAUCCCCGACUUGAAAACAGCGUACCCGUUCGAAUCCCAGCUUGCGAAAGUCUUCACCAACGAGAUAUUUAGAAGGUUCCAAGACGAGAUCUUAAGGAUGUCUUCAUGUUUUGGCAUAACACAAGUCCACUCAAAUGGGCAGACCUCAACGUACGUUGUCAAAGAACGAGACGGAGAUAAAGUUAGAGACUUUGAGGUCAUUCACGACACGACGGGCUCGGAGAUACGGUCCGUAUGUAUCUGCGGAUGCUUCAGCUUCAACGGGUACUUAUGCAGGCACGCACUCUGCAUCAUAAGCCACAACGGCAUGGAGGAAGUUCCGUCUCAGUAUAUAUUGAAGAGGUGGCGGAAAGACGUGAGGCGUUUAUACGCUGCAGAUUUCGGGUGCGGAACCGUAGAUUUAACGAACCCGGUUCAGUGGCAGGAGCAUUUGCAGAGAAGGGCAAUGCAGGUUGUGGAGGAAGGGAUGAAAUCAAAGGAACACUGCAGUGUGGCUUGGCAAGCGUUUAAGGAGGCUGUAAAUAGAGUUCGUCUCCUCACAGAUAAAACGGUUUGAUUGUUUGUUAUUGAACCCCUGGUUUUUUGGAUGAAAAGUGUAGGCGAACAGAUAAUGUAAGCAAUUGUCUUUUAAGUUAGAAGAAAGAAUAACACGUGUCAAAUGUGAAGGGUAUUAUAACCAUUUUGGAUUUCGUUUCA